AGGAGGAGGUGGAGGAGGAUGGGACAUGGCUGAUGCUGAUGCGAGAGCUUUCGGGGUCUGUGUUGAAACAUCGGUGAACUGACUGUCAAAUGAUGGAGCUUUUUGGCCUUAUUUAAUGGACAUUUUAUCCCAUUAUGGUUUUCGACCAGGGGCGCUGAGACUGAUGUGUUUUUGAGAGGGGAAUAAUACAGGAUUCUGGGACGGAAGGGACUGUUUCGACUCGUCACUCGUCUGGCCUGCCUUGUGACUGACACAGGCCGAAGUGAAACAUGACGUUGGAUGCUCUGACGCCGAGACAUUUGACAACUACCGGGAGCGGAUCUGCCAUGACAGAAAUGGACAUAAUGGUGGUAGAUGACUCACUGCCGAUGGUUUCAGCUGUGAAGACGAGGGAGGAAGAUGUCUCCCCACUGAAAGCUGUUUUUGACGCUUUAGACCAAGAUGGAGAUGGAUUUGUACGUAUUGAGGAGUUCAUGGAGUUUGCUGCUGCGUAUGGUGCUGAUCAGGUGAAGGAUCUGACAAAGUUUUUGGAUCCCAGUGGCCUGGGCGUGAUCAGCUUUGAAGACUUCCACUGUGGAAUCUCUGCUAUCAGCAGUGGAGGUCCAGAGCCGCAGCUCUACAAUGUAAACUACAGCCCAGGGGAUGGAGCUGUGGGCUGUCCAGAAGAAUACGAUGAGCAAAAUGAGGUGACUGACAGUGCGUAUUUGGGCUCCGAAAGCACUUACAGUGAGUGUGAGACCUUCACUGAUGAGGACACAGGUGCCCUCGUACCCCCUGAGAUGCAUGAGGAUGUGGAGACAGACAGCGGUAUUGAGGCCACGCUGCAUGACCCUGAAGAUGGUGGAAAUAGGUUUUCCCUGAACUCUGAGCUCCAUACCCACUCUCUGGUGACGGUCAUCUGUGGAGAGGAGGAGCACUUUGAGGACUUUGGGGAAAGUAAUACUUCAGAGUUGCUGCUGGAGAGCACUGUGGAUGGGACAGGAGGGGAAGGAGACUCUCCUCUUGUGCAGCCCUCUGAGCAGCUCAAUGGCUCCUCACUGCUCUCUCCCAGUGCACCUGCUCCUCUCCCUGACUGCUUUCAGAGCUUCCUCAGGGAGGAGGCGCUGGACUUUUUCUGUAGCCAAUGUCACAAACAAAUAAGUCGUCUCGAGGACCUCUCCACUCGCCUCACUUUCCUAGAGAUGACUAGUGCUGGCAAGAGGCUGUCCAGCAAGAAAGUAGCAAGACACCUCCUCCAGAACAGCUCAAUGACUCUUGACACCAUGAGUGACUUGACACGGGAUAUCCUGGAGCUUGCUGACAAUGACAUCACAGACAAGGUGCUCCUCCUUGAGCGUCGAGUGGCCGAGUUGGAAAAGGAGUCAGAGGCCUCGGGGGAGCAGCAUGCGCGGCUGCGCCAGGAGAACCUUCAACUGGUGCACCGGGCCAAUGCCCUGGAGGAGCAACUGAAGGAUCAGGAGCUCCAUGAUGAUGAACAACUACAGCAAGAGAUCCGUCGUCACAAGGAGGCCCUGAGCAAGCUGGAGAGGGAGAGGGGGCUGGAGCUGGAAAACCUGCAGGCCAGGCUUCAGCAGCUGGAUGAUGAGAACAGUGAGUUGAGAUCCUGUGUUCCUUGUCUACGAGCAAACAUCGAGAGACUAGAGGAGGAGAAGAGGAAGCUGCAGGAUGACACGGAAGCAAUGUCUGACAGGUUGAAGGAGGAGACGGAGUCUCGCAGGAAGAUGGCUGACAAGCUGAGCCAUGAGCGCCACCAGAACCAGAAAGAGAAGGAGUGCACUCAGGAGCUUAUUGAAGACUUGCGUAAGCAGCUAGAGCACCUACAGCUGUACAAGUUGGAGGCCGAAGCAAAGAGAGGGCGCUCAUCCAGUGCAGGGCUACAGGAGUAUCAGACCCGCACCCGCGAAGCUGAGCUGGAGCAAGAGAUCAAACGACUCAAACAGGACAACCGCAGCCUAAAGGAGCAGAAUGAUGAAUUAAAUGGCCAGAUUAUCAACCUGAGCAUCCAGGGGGCCAAGAACCUGAUGUCAGCCUCCUUCUCAGACUCUCUGGCAGCUGAGAUCAACUCUGUGUCUCGUGCAGAGUUGAUGGAGGCUCUGCACAAACAGGAGGAGAUCAACUACAGACUCCAGGACUACAUUGACAAAAUCAUUGUGGCCAUCAUGGAGUCCAAUCCAUCUAUCCUGGAGGUCAAAUAGACACCAUGCAGCCAGGGGACCACACAGAGUGACUCCAUGGGCUGUUUAAAAAAUAUUGGUGACUUGACUGAAUCAAAAUUACCAGGAUGAUGUAAAAUAUUCUGACAUCAUUUUGGUAGGAAAAAAACUGAUGCACUCAACUCCUCGAAACAGAAAAAUGUAAGAUUUCUAAGAAGUUUGUGGCUGUCGGUGAAAAAUAAGCUAUUUUCAGUUAGAUAUUCCUUGAGACUGUGCUUGUUUGUCCAUGUAUGUGUUAACCCUCCUGAAAGCACUUGGGUUCUGGUGACUUCCAUGCAUUUGGCUAGAGGGACCUGAGUAUUCAUUCCCCUGUUGAAUGGAUGAAAUGUGUGCAAGAAGUCGGUAUCAUUCAGAGUAAAAGUCUACACCCCUUUCCAAAAACGGUGUCGGUGUUUGAUUAAGCUAAAACUAAGAUCAGUUGUACCUAAAGGCCUUAAAUGGAAGGUGAGUAUUGGUUAUACAUACCAUACAUGCCUCUGUUUAGUCGGUGAAAUGUUACUGGCAUGACUUUGGUAUGUGGACUGUGACCUCCUGCAUCAGGCUGAGUCGCGUUGAAUCCUAAUCACAAAGCCGUAUGAAGCUGUGGUCAGGAGACAAGUAGAAAUUGUUCAUAAUAAUAAGAAAGUUUGCUGUGCUGCCUAUCGAGCCCUAUGGUAGUGUCCUUUCCUUUAACCAAGUUCAACUGUCUUUCCAGUGAACCCAAGUGAGGGACAUUUCUAGGUGUUGUGGAUGAGAAGUGUCCGGAGGGUUUUUUUUGUGUGUGUGUGUGUGUGUGUGUGAGAGGUGUUUUUUGCUCUCUUACUUAAAGGUAUUGCAAAGGCUUGGUGACACUUGAAGUAACGGUAAUGAAGCCAGUUGUUCAUGUAAGCUUCAGUGUCUCAAAUGAAGGAACUGAAUGGUUGUAAUUUGCUUCAUGAUUUAUUUUUACAAUGAAACAGGGUCUUGGAGCUCAGGUGGGCUGGAAACCAAGUGGAAAAGCAAUACAUUUCCCAUCACUCCCUGGCACAACUGUUAGACAAAUCGUAUUUAUCUCACUGACUGACAAAACGUAACCAGCUAAAAUGCACCAAACACUUAAAGUAAACAUGAAGGGAAACCUGCGAGUGACUGUGGGAAUUGUAGUUUUAUUUUUGUAAGUACAGCCCACCUGAUCCUAGUGUUCUCUUGCUGAGUAAAAGUGUGACCAGUUACUGACUGAUAGACUUUUGAUAGGCUGUAUGUGAGAAUCAAAUGCGUAUACUUUGCACUACAUUUUUUUUUCUGUGUUUUGUUGAUAGAAAACUGUUUAUUGAAAUGGGAUCAAAUGUAGGAUUGAAGAUGUUUUGAAGGCAUGUGGGAUUUGUUGCUAUGGGAUGUACCAGCAAACCUGGGGAUGGUGUGCAGACAACUCACUCAGUUAAGAAAAAAAAAGCAUCACACUAUUCAUAGUGCAAUAUUGAAUUGGAAAUGCCAUGUCUCAAGAUAAAUUUUCACCUGCAUACUGUAUUUUUCAGCCAUCAGGAGUUCAUAUGAGCUUUUCUGCUGGCUAUGGGCCUGUUUUUUUUUUUUUUUUUCCUUCCUUCUUCUAAGACCUGAUCUGCACAUGUAAUAUUGAAGAACUUUGGUAGCAAUAAUGCUUGGCAAGAAAGUGGACAUUAGUGGAAGGCAGGUGAAACUAGCCUUCUCUUCUGCUGAGGCAACAUCGGCUAUUUUGAAGACACACGGACUGCUUUUAGACUUAACACCAUGCUUAUUGGUACCGUGCAGCCAUUGAUACUUUUGGACACUACCUUCUGACUCAAACUGGACAUACUGUAGGUAGCAGACAUCUGGAUGGAUUCCUAAUUGAAGUCGGGGAGGUUGUUUUUGACUAAACAGCGUGACAUUCUGCACCAAUAUGAUGAGAAUUCCUAUUUUUCACCCCAUUCACCUUUCUCUCACUGCUCUUCUUCACUCCACUGAAAAAUGGCCUUGGAUGUAAAUGUGUUGUAAAGCGUUCUUCUUUUUUUUUUUUUCUUUUUCUACACUCAUUCUAGAUUCUAGGUAUUUUUAUAGUCUUAUGGUGAGCGACCGCUGCCUGUAUUCUUCUCUAGCAUGUAGCGUGUACAGCAUCUGUUUUUUUUUUUCCUCAUUUUAAAGUCACAUGCAGAUAUUUAUUCAUCUUUUGACACAAACGACAACUCGCACUUUGAUCUGUUCUGCUGAAAAUGAUAUGUACAUUUGUGAUUUCACAAGAGGAGAUGGCUUCAUGGUUAAUGAAUCUGUGGGAGAAUUUGACUUGAGCAAAUGGUUUAAAACAGUCAUACUGUCUUUGGAUGCGUUGCCAUUGUGUAACAGGUUUGAAUAUGACCUGGUCACAAUGGUUGGUUGUUGAGGGCCUUGCACUCUUCCAUAAUACUGAUAAGGCUUUGACAUCUUUAAGAUUGUGAUUUUAGAUAUGACUGAGUUUGCAGGUUCUACUGUUGUCUUCCCAGAUGGAGUCAAGUAUUGCAUGGAAACACCGAUUUUUUUUAAAUUGUAUAGCUCUGAUUCAGUUGUACGACCUAUGUUUUGACUUCCAGACCAUAUGAUAUAAUAUCCAUUAGUGCGGUUGUAGAGAUUGUGAAACCUCAGUGUCAGCACAUGACACCUCAUAUUCAGGCUUGCUGGUGUGACUGGAUAUUUGCUCCAGGAGAUUUAAUACCUAGUUCUUUAUCAAGAAGGGAAUCAUUUACAGUAUGCUUUACAAAGAGGGAACAGGAUGAUACCCAAACACGGCAAGCUAUGUUACACUUGAUUCUCUCACUGCUUCAUAUUUUGUCUUUUUUGACAAGUAAUUUGAUGACUGGCAACAGAAUAACUAGACAAUAGGUGAGACCACAGAGCUGAGAAAACAUUCCCUUUUAGCAGAAAUGAAGCUGGGUGUACUUUAACCAGAUCUAGUUUCCCUAUUUGAAUUUUGAAAAUGACCAAAGAUGGAUGCUUGAACUUCAACUGAUCAUUUUGUCUAUCAGGGUCCUUGAUCACACUUUUGGUAACACUUUGCCUCUUCUAAUAAAUCACAAAUCAACAUCUCAGCUUUCCCUGAAAGAAAAAUGAAACUUGUCUGUUAGUCUAAACACUGUGCCUCAGUGUCUCAAACGUUGACUCUAAACUAACCUGAUGAGUCCUGGGAAAAGCACUGACCAUGUAACUGUCAGUCUGUUAAAUAACCAUGAAACCUGAACUGUAAAUAUGAAUUGUCUUUAUGUGAACUUUUUUCCUUCUCUCUCAUACUCGCUUCCAGUGUCCAAAGAAAGUCUGCUCAAGGCACAAACAUCACUACUGAAGUAGUGCAUGGCUUGCCAUUAUGUGACAUGGGAAGAUAGAAUAUUGUAGAAAAGAGAAAUUGUAAAAGUUAAAUUUAUUCCUAUUUUCAAAGAUAAUGUAUAAAUGAUGACAGUAUUGGUUACAGCUGUAUAUUAUUUUUAAAGGUCCCCAAAUGGUCUCAUCCUAAUUGUUACUGGGGAAAUGUAACUUCAGUCAUUGUACAAAGAGAACAUUUAAAGUUGAGCAGUGAGGUUAAGAUUAGAAAAAUAAAUGGAAUAAAAUGA